UUUUAACAUGCCUCCAUUUUAUUCCGUGGCUCAUUUUGCAGUAUCCUCCUCGCUUUGCUCCAUCGGCUCUUUUAAUAUAGGUGAGUUAGGCUCCAUGGAUAAAAAGGUGGUGCUUAUCACAGGCUGCUCCUCGGGGAUCGGUCUCAGCUUGGCUGUCCGGCUUGCCUCAGACCCAGACAAAACAUUCAAAGUGUAUGCAACAAUGAGAAACUUGUCUAAAAAGGAGCGUCUUUUGGAGAGCGUGAAAGGCCUGCACAGGGAUACUUUGGACAUACUCCAAAUGGAUGUGACUGAUCGGCAGUCCAUCCUGGAUGCAAGAGAUAGGAUUGUGGAAAAACGCAUAAACAUUCUGGUGUGUAAUGCUGGUGUGGGUUUGAUGGGGCCACUGGAGGUGCAGUCUUUGAACUCAAUGAGGCACAUCCUGGAGGUUAACCUCCUAGGUACCAUCCAGACCAUCCAGGCAUUCCUGCCACAGAUGAAGGCUCAGAGCCAGGGACGCAUUCUGGUCACUGGCAGCACCGGAGGCCUUCAUGGGCUCCCAUUUAACGAGGUCUACUGUGCCAGUAAAUUUGCAAUAGAGGGAGCAUGUGAGAGUCUGGCUAUUCUCCUGAAACACUUCAACAUUCAUGUGAGUCUCAUUGAGUGUGGUCCAGUCAACACUGACUUCUUGGUCAACCUGCAGAAGACGGAGCUUGGGGAUACGUCUCUCCAACAGGUUGACACCCAGACACAAAGGCUGUAUGAAAAAUACCUGCAGCAUUGUAGAUCUGUUUUCCAAAAUGCUGCACAAGACACUGAGGAUAUUGUGAAGGUAUUUCUAGAUGCCAUCCAGUCACCCAGCCCUGCCUUCAGAUACUUCACCAGCACUACUGGGCCACCUGUAACCCAACUGAAGGUCACAGAACCAGAUGACUCAUACAUCAGUGCUAUGAGCAAAAUCAUUUUCUCACCUGAGGAGCAAUAAUUUUGUAACGACUGCAUCACUUCGUGUGUAAAUGUUGUUCUUGUUUUACUUUAUGUACACGGGUUAAUGUUUUGCUCAAAUACCCUUGACUCCUGAAACACAGUCUAGAGUAGAGUUCACAGGAUUCACUCCAUGUUCUAUUUUUGUGUAAGGUCUAAACAUAGUACUCCUUAUCAUAAGACAAAAAUGUAAAAAUAGACUCUGUUCUAGUUGGUGGAGACAUUUUUGAUAAGCAUUAUUCCUGAUGCUUGAGCGAUAGAGCAGUUUCUGCAUUCCUCUAGUUCCACCCACACUAGCUUGCAUAUUUUUUUUACUUUGAGCUAUCGUGCUACAAAUCACUGCAUUCAUUAUAAAAGUCAAAACACUGCGUGCAAAAUUUUCGUAGACGAUUUUUGAUUUGCUGUUUUAAGCACAAAUGGUCAUAUAGGGGACUUCUG